AUGAACAGGAGCUUUCGCAGUAUCUUGCCCCAUCCUAAUUUGCAAUCAUCCAGCUCUUCAGGUCUACCGCUGCCACAACCUUACCGCCGGCCCACCGGCCGCACACCCCGCCAGCUGACGCUCGUAGCUUGCGCACGAUGCCGCCGCGGCAAGUCGAAGUGCGACGGCGAUCGCCCGGUUUGCGGCAGCUGCAAGCGGAAGAAGACGGCCUGCGUCUACGAUGUCGCCGAGACGAACACCACCCGAGCUAUGGCUGCGAGGCAACAGCAAGCAAACCAACGACUUGAAAACGAACAGCUGCACGAACUUUUUCGCAUUCUGCGCACACUGCCCCACGCGGACGCUCACGCCGCCUUAGACCAGCUACGCACAGCCGACAAUGCCCUGUCAGCCCUGCGGUCCUUGACAGGUUCCCAAUUGAUGAUCUACAGGCUCGAUGAGUUCCCAGACCCCCAGGGGGGCAAUCUGAGGCUCGAGGCCAUCGACAGAGGUGCCCUCGUCGACAGCCCCUUCAAGGUCGAGGCACGUCCCUGGACCGCCGUCGCCGGGAGCGGAAUCGUUUCGGAACUGAUAUCCUCCUUUUUCACAUGGGAUGCGUCUUUCUUCUACCCCUUUGUAUACCUACUGUUCUCCUUUUUUGGUGAAUGCAAUUACACAUCUCGGCGUGUCAAGUCUUUCGAUGGCAUAAGCGGACGCAAACUCGGCGCCCAAUUCCUCGAUGAAGCAAACAAGUGGCUUGAAAUUGAGGGCCAGCGAUCGACAUUGCCUACCGCGCAGGGGUUGGCACUUUUGUUCACGCUGUACGCAUAUCGCGGAAUGGACAGGGCCGGCAUGAUGUACCGCUUUGCUGCCACUGAGAUGUUCCUCCGUUUGGACCUUGAAGCUCGGUUCGAAGCCGUCAGCAACGACCAGCAAGGGAAGCGCGAGAAGGCCAUCAUCUCAACAGCACUUUGGGGGUUCUUUUGCUACGAAAGCAUCGUUUCCUAUGUUUAUAUAGAACUCUCACUCAUACGGCCGCCGCGGAUACCCUGCGUGUUCGAAUUCGAGGAGCUUGCAGAACAAUCCAGUGUCAAAAUCGACCUAUACGGCAAUCCUGUCUAUAUGGAUGAGGUUCUCGUCAGCGUCCUGCGACCACUCGAUCCGAACACCGUCUUUUUGGACGAUUUGACUGUCAAAGAUAUCUGCCUCGGCCUCGCCUACACAGACACGACAUACAUGAUGCGAUACAUCAAGGAGUACACGCUCCGUGAUUACUCCUGUGUUGUCUUGUGCGGACUAUAUAACGCGCUCUUCACGAUGGCCCCUUACCUCGGAGACCCUACGAUCCACCAGCUAUUUGCUGAGACCUCGUAUCUCAUGCGGCAAACCGCGCGUGACUUUCCCAUGUCUUCAUUUAUCCUGCAGGCUAUCAAGGCUUUCGCCUGGACGUCUAGUCUGCCGCUUCCCAUUGCUGCAGCGCCCUAUUUCGAAGACCUUGGCAUGACCAAGCAAGAAUUGCAGGAUCUUCCUCUGGGCUUUGCGUUGCCGAAGACGAAUGAGAUUCGAGACAUUUUCAUGAGAGAAGGGCAAGAGCUUUCCGGAGUGGCCGUCGAUAUGGGAAAGCUGCUUUCAAGGUGGUGCACUCUGUCUCUGGACGAGUGA